AAGCAGGUGAAGCUUUCGCCGAGGACUCGUCCAGGACGCAGUUGAGUUGGAACCAGUGCGGAGACGAAGCCAAACCGCGCCGAGGUCCGAUGUAAUUUAGUCUUCUAACGAGGAAAACUCGUUAAAGCUACCGGCAGACUCUCAAAUAGCGAAUACGUGUUUUCUGUUCAGGAACCGCCGGCACCUUCGGCGACCGGAACGGAGACAACCAGCGGAUUAAACGGCUUAAGGGCGACCCGUAACUUCGAUGAUGUGUUGUGUGCCUGCACUGAUGGAGACGCUCUGAGGGUGACAGUGGGAAAGUCCUCAUCCUUCUUCCUUCAGAAGCUGCACAGAUGUUUUCACUUGGACAGGAAAACAUCUCCACCUCCCCUGCUUCCACCAAAGGACCAGUCAAAUAUGGAGAGCUCAUUGUGCUGGGGUGUAACGGCUCUCUGCCCAACGGCGACAAGGGGAGGCGGAAAAGUCGCUUCGCUUUGUGCCGCAGAAACAAAGCCAACGGUGUGAAACCCAGCACUGUCCACACAUCCUGCACGCCUCAGGCUGCCAAGGCUAUCAGCAACAAGGAGCAGCACAGUAUAUCAUACACUCUGUCCCGGGCGCAGACGGUGGUGGUGGAGUACACCCACGACAGCAACACAGACAUGUUCCAGAUCGGCCGUUCGACGGAGAAUCCCAUUGACUUUGUGGUGACAGACACGGUGCCCGGUGGUCAGGGCCAAGCAGACAGUCAGACGAUUCAGAGCACAAUUUCCCGCUUCGCCUGCCGCAUCAUCUGCCAAAGAAACCAACCUUACUCUGCACGGAUCUACGCCGCGGGCUUCGACUCCUCCAAGAACAUCUUCCUCGGGGAGAAGGCGGCCAAGUGGAGGAUGCAGGACGGUCAGAUGGACGGACUGACCACCAACGGCGUUCUGGUGAUACACCCGCGCCAGGGGUUCAGCCAGGACUCCAAACCCGGCCUGUGGAGGGAAAUCUCAGUCUGCGGCAACGUCUUCACGCUGCGGGAGACCAGAUCGGCUCAGCAGAGGGGCAAGAUGGUGGCCUCUGAGUCCAACGAGCUGGUGGACGGCUCGCUCAUCGACCUGUGCGGUGCCACCCUGCUGUGGCGGACGGCCGAGGGUCUGGCGCACACUCCCACCGUCAAACACCUGGAGGCGCUGCGGCAGGAGCUGAACGCCGGGCGGCCGCAGUGCCCCGUGGGCUUCAACACGCUGGCCUUCCCCAGCCUGCGCCGCAAAGACGUGCUGGACGAGAAGCAGCCCUGGGCGUACCUGCGCUGCGGCCACGUGCACGGCUACCACGGCUGGGAGGGACGCCCCGACCCCGACACGGAGGCCGAAGGGCAGGAGAGAGAGUGCCCCAUGUGCCGGGCACGGGGCCACUACGUGCCGCUGUGGCUGGGCUGCGAGCCGGGCUUCUACGUGGACGCGGAGCCCCCCACCCACGCCUUCGUCCCAUGCGGUCACGUCUGCUCGGAGAAGACGACGGCGUACUGGAGUCAGAUCCUGCUGCCGCACGGCACGCACACCUUCCACGCCGCCUGCCCGUUCUGCAUCGAGCCGCUGAGCGGAGAGACCGGCUGCGUCAGACUCAUCUUCCAAAGCCCGCUGGACUAGAAACCGCUCAGACUUCUAAUCUCAAGCCUUAAUCAGACGUCUGGACAGAGCAACAAUUUUCAUAAACUAAUUUUGAUAAUAAAUUAAUUUAACUUAAUUUUUGAUAAAUAGAGGUGCAUUUAUCGGGCAGAUUUCUCUUUUUUGAAUAUCAUAAACGAUUCCUCUGGACACAGCUGCAGGAAAACUGUCAUCCUGUUUGAUUUGCCUUACACUUCCUUAUUUAUUCUCUUACCUCCUCAGUACUGUCUUUUUUUGUAAAUCAGUGCAGAAUUUAACAGCAGUCGUGUUUCCCAUUAUUUCCCUACAGCCGAUUACUGUCUCACCCUGCCGUAAAGAGCCGUUGACACUAAGACAUGAUCAUCAGUUUGGCUUCAGUCAAGUGCUCGUGUCCCAUUUUGGGCCAAAUGUUGAUUCGGAAGCUUUUUCAGCAGAAAAGUGUAAAACAUUAAAUUGUGACAAAAA